AUGACUGAGGAUGUUGACGGACAUAUCCAUGACAAGUUUGACCUUCAGAAGAGACUUGGAAAAGGAGCAUACGGAAUUGUAUGGAAGGCAGUUGAUCGAAGAACAAAGGAAGUGAUCGCUUUAAAAAAGAUAUUCGAUGCUUUCCGAAACAAUACCGAUGCGCAGCGGACUUUUCGAGAAGUUAUGUUUCUUCAGGAAUUUGGGAAACAUCCAAAUAUUAUCAAAUUAUACAAUAUAUUUCGAGCAGAUAAUGAUAGAGAUAUUUAUUUAAUUUUCGAGUAUAUGGAAGCAGAUCUUCAUAAUGUGAUUAAAAAAGGCACAAUUUUAAAGGAUGUGCACAAACAGUAUAUUAUGUGUCAGCUGUUUCGAGCAAUACGGUUCCUUCAUUCCGGCAAUGUUCUUCAUAGGGAUCUCAAACCAUCAAACGUCCUUCUCGAUGCCGAUUGCCGUGUGAAAUUGGCUGAUUUUGGGCUUGCUAGAAGUCUCUCCUCGAAGAUGCCCGAUCUCACUGAAUAUGUGGCCACUCGUUGGUAUCGCAGUCCGGAGAUUCUUCUAGCUGCAAAACAGUACACAAAAGGUGUCGAUAUGUGGAGUUUAGGAUGCAUUUUGGCUGAAAUGCUCAUUGGACGUGCCUUGUUUCCUGGAUCCUCAACGAUAAACCAAAUCGAGAGAAUCAUGAACACGAUCAGCAAGCCAUCAAGAGCUGAUAUUGCAAGUAUUGGCAGCUACUACGCGGCUUCGGUGCUAGAGAAGAUGCCGCAAAAUCCGCGAAAGCCAAUCGAAUCGAUCAUCUCGAGCUCGAGCCCAGCGGUUGACAUGAUUCAGAGGCUUCUCAUUUUUGCCCCGCAUAAACGAAUGAAUGUCGAACAAUGCUUGGUGCAUCCUUAUGUCGUGCAAUUUCAUAAUCCGUCAGAAGAACCAGUGCUUUCUUACGAGGUAAACUUACCGCUUCCUGAUCACGUUCAAUUACAAGUCGACGACUACCGCAAUGAGUUGUACAGGUUGAUUAGUGAGAAAAAGAUGAAUGCCCAGAAGAUUCAUCAUGAACGGAUUCCUCCUGUGACUCGUGAUCAAAGUCGAGCUCCGAUUGCUCAGGCUGAGUGCAGUGAUACGGAUUACGAUACAGCUCGAAGUCUAGCGAGGGCCGUCAGCGUUGAUAAGAAUGCGAGCUCCCACGAGAGUAGCAGUGGGACAUUGAGAGAACGCGCUCAAUCUGCGGAUAGUCGCUCGUCAAAAGAAGGAUCAUCAAGUGUGAAAAAGUCGAACUUCUCGACAAAAGAGCGGCGAAGAUCGAUCGAGCGCGCAAAAUUGUUCGCCAACAUGGCGCCAUCGAAACUUCUGCAUUCUCAUAAAUUGAUCUCCAAUUAUUAG